GGUUCCGCGCACCCCAGCGCUACCUACUGAGUAAUACUAUUACGCGGCCUUUAUUCUCGGCUGGGCUUGGUCUCUCUCUCACUUCUUUUCAGUUCAGCUAUUCCGCCGCCGUGUGUAGUACGUACGUACGUACUACGUACGCCGCUGUCGUCGUCGUAGUCGUGGUCGCCGAUAAACUAUGUGAUCUUUUUGUCGGUCCAUUUCUCCGGUUUCUCGUACUCGCAUUCGCCUUUAAUACAUAUCUCUCAUUCAACGUUACGUCUUUUUUUCCCUUGCACUACGCGGUGUGUUUGUGUGCCACAACGGCUACUACUAUAAAGUUGCAACGCGCCACCACCAAAAUCGAGCCGAUGAAUUUUUUACAUUUUUACCCGAUCGCUGCCGCAUUUUAAACUGUGUGUUGUGCCAAUGUAGUGCUAUAGUAUAGUUUUAUCAUCAGGUUUAUCUGAACCAGUCUCAUCGUCGUUGUCGUCGUCCUCCUCCUCAGCCAAUAAACAUGGACGAAUGCAGCCAAAUCUCAUUCCAGCAUCACCAACAACGUUACACACAUCGUACGACGCUUCUAAUGCUAUGCAAAUUCAUUGUACCUAGUUAGAAAUAACAAUUUGCAGCGUAUGCUAGUUCAUUAUCAGCAUUAUUCACCAACACAAUGGCCUACUACAAAUCCAGAGGUCCUGGACCUCCGAUUGUUGGACGUUUGAUUCAUCGUUACUUCUUAUAUUUACUCCUCAGCGUGGUUGUUUUUACUUUUUUACCAGUAGUUUCUUCAGAAGCAAAUAAAUACUUUGAUAUGAGAGGAUUAUGCAAAACGCAAUUUAUGCAAAGCAUAUACCAACAGAUCGACGGAGCCGUUCUUAUAUCGAAAAACGAACGCAAUUUGGAUUGCGUGGUUACGUUCCAAACUUUGACCGUAUUGCAGAGGUUCAUGUUGCGGUUCGAUCGGCUCAAAAUCGAUUGUAACGAUCACUUGUAUAUAUACGACGUGGCGAAUGCUGUCGGCCCUUAUAAAGCGGAUUUGACUUGUCGCAAUACCACAGAUGCAUUUGGUGUCAUGUUUACCGGAAGUAAUUACGUUACGUUGCGUUACGUCACCGAUGCAUGGGGCACAGAAGUUAACGGAUUCGAGCUGCUGAUUACCGCUUUCAAAAAUCAAUCUGUGCAAACGUGUUUCGAUUUCCGAUGCGCGUACAAGAACCACUGCAUAUCGAAGGAUUUAAUUUGCGACGGAUUAAAUCACUGUUUGGACGGUUCCGACGAAACGUUACCUUGUAGCAAUAAAAAUGGAGUCAUGUUAUUAGGAAUGAACUUAUCCACUAUGGUGAUCGGAAUCGUGAGCAUAUGCUUAUCGAUACUGGUAUUAUUAGUGGCACUGAUAACGUGUCUAUGUCGAGGAGACAGACAGCCAACUCCCAGGCAUAUACCAUCCAAUAUGGCUAAUUCAACUCUCAGUUUUCCUAUGGAAGGCGCAUACAAUGCAAACGGCAAUACCAUCGGUUUAAGCGAGUCUAAUAUGAUAGGUUGUAACAGCGUCAGUCAUAAAAUGCCGGGAAACUGGGAUCACCCUGCGGGCCUAAAGCUAGGGUACAGCGAGGUGCGGGUCCGCCUCUACUGCCAGGCAAAGUUAAAAAUUCAGCCUCUGAUGACAGGUCCGUAUUUGAUAUUUCUUCAAGUCAGAAAGAUGAGUGGUUCGUUUAAACAGUGCGUAGAGGUUGACCUAUUACCUCGGCUAGCAGGGUGUGUAAAUUGAACCGAUCGAUGUACCCUUAGACGGUCGGCUCGCGUUUCUUUAAAUUUUUUAAAAAUGUGCCUGUUUGCCUGUGAAUAUUUGAUAAAUUUAAAUAUUAUUUUUCACAUUGUGAUAAAUUACAGAUAAUAUUAUCAUUUGUUUACGCCAGCACACUGGGUGAUUCUGAUAAGAACUCGCGAACAAAAAUAUAAAAACGAAAACUAUAAAUACUUCUCCGAAUUUUUUCAACCAACUUGUAUAAAUUUUGCGUAAAUUCUUAUCCGAAUCACUCUGUAUGUAUCUAGUAAUCGUUUUACUGAAUAUCUUGAAAAAAAAAAUUGAAAAAAAAUUUAGAAUCGUUAUUCUCUGUUAUAUCUUUAUUAAGAGUAUUUUGAUAAGUUUUCUAAUACGUAAGAUUAUGGAUUACCACAACAAUAAUGGCUUAAGAAUUACAUGUCCGAUUGAUCUGUGUUCAUUAGCACAAAAAAUCCUCCUUAAUCACUUCUUUAAUCAUCGGGCAUAUAAUCCUAUCACGCUUCGAACUACCUAUACUUACCUACUAUAAAUCCGUUUAUAUGAUUUGAAGGUUUUAUUUUUUUUUUAUACUUUUAUAACAAUUGAUAGUACCUAAUUUUGUUAAAUAAUGUACAUAUCAUUUUCCAUGAUUUCCUAAACCAAAAAAAAUUGAAACGAAGAGAUAUAUACCUUAGAUAUAAUAAUUAUACCCGCGUUUUAUCGAAUUACUCGACGAUGUUUUUAUUUAUUAAUGUUUAGAGUUAUUUACCUAUACGACGCGAUGGCGAUAGUUACUGUUUAGAUAAUUUUUAUUUGUAUUUCCUCUUCUUAGAUAAAGAAACAAAAUAAUUGUAACAUAGUCAAUUUUUAUUAUUUUUGAAACAUUUUAGUGAAAAAUUAUAAAUAUCACGGUUAAAUUUACCUACUUAAUAAUUAUACCUACCAAUCAAUUUUCUGUACACGAAGAUUUGUAUUCGUAAUCUAGGUACGCUUAAGUUCUCUUGGAAUAAAAGCUUUUGAAUCUGGAAUAGGACAAGAAUAAAAAAUCCUGGUUCUAUUAAGUCUUCCAAUUUUCAUUGAAAUAUCUCGAAUACUUUUGGCCGAAAAAUACGAGACGAUUUUUAAAACAUUGAGUCGUCGAGUAUUUGAGACCAUUAAAACCUAGUGAAAUUUUUCAUUUAUCAUAUCGCUUAUUAUUAGGUAUAUCCUACCGAAAUGAUUAACUAACUUAUCAUUAUUAAACUCGUCAUACAUAUGUAUUUUUAUUACUAUUAUUUCUAAUAUUCCUACAUUAUAUACUUUUGUUAUAUAUUCUUGACCAUUUGUACGAAUUACCCGGUAAAACCAACGAUAGUUACUGGUAAUUUGUACGAGACUCGUUUGUUUUAUAAUAAUUGAAUACUACACGAUCGUGUCUCUCGAUAUCUCCAUAAUGACCAUGAUACGUAAAAUUACUUCGACAAUGCCGAAAAUAAUUUGUUUUUUUAAAUUUACAGUCGUUAUAAUGAUUUUAGCUCAAUUUGGAAAUGGAUCAAGACAGGAGAGUGUUUAGAAUAUUAUGUUACGUUGCGUGUAAUUUUAAAUUAAAAGAAAAAUUGAUCCAAAAGUGUACCGAAAAAGAAAAAAAAUUGUGAAUUUCACGAAUUUACAUAAGAGGAUGCUUGAUGAUAAGAUCUUUAUACAUUAUAGGUAGUUAUUUUGUACCUUUUUGUCUUUUAAGUAAUAUUAUUAUGGCUUUACAUUGUUGAUUUGUUUCAUUUUUUUUUUUGAUGUUACAAAUGUAUUUCUUUUUUCUAUUUUUUUUUUUCGUUUCGUAAUGAAAAAUUUUAUACGUACGAUAUUUGCAUACUUUAUACCUACAUUUAAUUAGCUAAAUCAUUGUAUUCUUUUUUUACUAUUUUGUUUUUCUCUUUGGUACCUAAUACGAAAAAAAUCUUUAAAUGAGUAUAGGUAUGAUUUAUACAAUAUACCUUCUUUGUUAUUAAAAAAAAAAAUAUUACCAACGUGCUAUACUUACUCCUUCAGUACAGCCAUUUAAGAUAAAUUAUUUUUGUAGUAAUACUAGUUGGAAUGAAGAUUUUUUUUUGAAAAGAAAUUCAUGUCUGUCAAUUAGUUAGUUGAAUCAAAUAGAUUUCGAAGCUUGUAUACAGUUCAGCCUUUAUAAUGAUAAUAAUAUUUUAAAAUGAUAUUUGUAAAUUGUAUGUACAUGAUGUACCCACUUACUAGUUUUUAAUUUAUUGAGGUCGCGUUCGCUAGAAAUAAAAUACAUAGAUUCUUGAAAAUAUUAGGUA